GCUGCUAUAAGCGCUAUGCCACGUGUCGUGUUCGUGCAUAGUUGUUACACAAAGUACAGCCUAUACUUUAAGCUUUUGCACAACAAGAUAGCUGAGUAUAACACCCAGCCUAAGAACAUAUACAAUAUAGAUGAGAAGGGCUUUAUAAUUGGGGUUAGUGGCAGGAGUAAGAGAGUGUUUAAAAAGCUGUUGUUUGGCCGCAGGCAGUAUAAUCAGUCACUCCACAAUGGCAAUCGUAAGUAGGUGACAUUGCUGGCUGCAAUAUGUGCUGAUGGAUCUCACCUUCCCCUGGGCAUCAUCUUCUCAGCUGCUGGCUGUGACGUACAGGCAAGCUAGGUACAUGAGAUUAACCCAGAGGAGCACUCUAUCCACUUCACCACAUCACCUAGUGGAUAGACGGACAACAAUUUAGGGUUAACGUGGCUAUUAAGAAGUUAUUCUUAGGUAAAGUCUUAGAAAAAAGGCAGAUUUUGCGGGUAAAUAGCGGGCGUUGGUUGACUCCGGGCGUUGGUUGACCUAACACGGUAAAACAC